CGGUCCGGUGCCGGCACGCUGACCGCACGUGGUUCGUGCGAUAGUUUUUCAUAAUACGAUACGUAAAACAUGAGCAGCGGCAAGAGGAAGCUCUCCUUCCUCGGCUUUGCACCGCAGGGCGAGGGACAGGACGAGUUGCGUUUGGACGAAGAAAUGGAUCGAGUUGUUUGGAACGAAGCUACUCAGCCAUCUCGACUGCAGAGCACCAGCGCACCAGUCCGAGACAUAGCUGCGCCUCCGCCGCCUUACUCUCACGAUGGUGAAAGUCAGCCAAGUAGCUCGGAUAUAACUUCCAUUAGCGCUUCGCCACAUCUCACUUCAAGUUCAGACCAGCAGACAUCAAUGCAGUGGUCAGGCUCAGGAUCAGCUUUGACUUCUCGCGAUGAUGACAAACACGUGCAGUUCGACGGUGAACAGAAACCAUCCUUGAACUUACUCGACGAAAUUAAUGAAGAGCGCAGAGCCCAAAGACACAAUCGUCACUUACACCCGCACAAAACACGGAAAUAUUCGUUACAAGAGGGUGGUCGUAUAGGCCUAGAUGCAGAACGUCGGCCGUUAACAGGACCUUCAGACGAGCCGCUAGCCGAAGCUGAUCAAGACGAACUCCGUAGCCAUCGUAGCGAUGACCCACGUGCUCUACGACGCCACAAAAUUCAACCACGAGGGUCCACAGUGCAUGUCAGUCGCAAAGAUGGAGGAGAUAAAGCGCAGAACAUUUUCUCUGAAUCAACUCUUAAGAAAAUGUACGACCACAGCCCGCACUCGGUGUUCGUUCAAUUGGAUGAGUUGCUGGCGACGGAAGAUGGAGACGCUGAGUGGAAGGAGACAGCUCGUUGGAUUAAGUAUGAGGAAGAUGUGGAGGAAGGAUCGGCUCGUUGGGGCAGGCCCCAUGUUGCAUCUCUUUCCUUCCAUUCUUUGCUGAACUUGCGACGAUGCCUUGAAACCGGCGUGGUGUUGAUGGAUCUCGAUGAAAAAGACUUGCCUGGUGUCGCAUACAGGGUUGUCGAGAGUAUGGUCACCGAAGGACUCAUAGAAGAGGAUGACAAGCCCGUGGUCAUGCGUUCUUUGCUAUUGCGUCAUCGACACGUUCACGAUGACCGGUUCCGGUUCUCUAUCAGUGGCCGUAAGCAGUCUUACACAAGUCUACAGUCGCUGUGGAUGGAGGAGGGCGCCUCGGUGGGCGGGCGACGGCCAUCAUGCCCGCUGUGCACUCCGGCCGGCGCCUGCCGCCGGCACAGCGCCCACGGCAUCAACCUUGCGGACCAAAGGAGACGCCGCAGUUCGUAUGCUCUACCGCUCGAGCGGCUGGAAGCUCGCAAGAAGUCAUCUGCUGCUGCCUUAGACAUGCGCGAAGUUGAAUAUCUAGCAACCACUGCAGUCGGAUCGCAGGAUGAACUACGCAAGGGUCAUAAUGAUAUUCUAAAACGUAUCCCAGACGAUGCAGAAGCUACUACAGUACUCGUCGGUGCCGUUGGAUUUCUCGACCAACCGACGAUUGCCUUUGUGCGUCUAGCUCAAGGAAUUCUCAUGCCAUCCAUUACGGAGGUUCCGAUUCCUGUGCGGUUCAUGUUCAUUCUUCUUGGACCAACAACAGCCGAUCUCGACUACCAUGAAGUCGGUCGCUCUAUAUCAACUCUUAUGUCGAAUCCAUCAUUCCAUUCUAUCGCAUAUAAAGCGGAUGACCGUCGUGAACUACUAUCAGCGAUAAACGAGUUCUUAGACGACUCUAUCGUACUUCCUCCUGGUGAUUGGGAACGCCAGGCAUUAUUACCAUUCGAAGAGUUAAGGGCUAAAAGUGAAAUGAUAAGACGUAGAAAGCGUGAUGCUAUUGAACGGAAACGUGCUGCUUCUACUGUUGCACCACUUUUAGAUGAAAAGAAGGCUCUUUUAGCCGCAGAAACUGGAGGAAUGCCCGAGAAAGAACCUGACGAUCCUCUUUCAAAGAGUGGUCGCCUUUUUGGCGGUGUUAUUCGGGAUAUAAAACGACGCUAUCCAUAUUACCUAUCGGACUUUCGAGAUGCAUUAAACGGGCAAUGCGCCGCAGCAACUAUCUUUAUGUACUUCGCAGCGCUUUCAUCAGCGAUUACGUUUGGUGGUUUGUUGGCAGAAAAAACUGAUCGACAAAUUGGAAUAUCUGAGACAUUGGUAUUUACAUGUGUUGGUGGACUAUUUUUUGCACUGGUUGCUGGCCAGCCCAUGAUGAUAACCGGUGCCACAGGGCCUCUGCUACUACUUGAUGACGCGCUUUACGUCUUUUGCCGAUCGUAUGGGUUUAAUUUCUUAGCCGCAAGGAUGUACUGUGGACUGUGGAUGAUAAUCAUUGCACUUUGCGUUGCGUCCAUUGAAGGCAGUGUUGCCGUAAAAAAGAUUACAAGGUUCACUGAGGAUAUCUUCGCAUUUUUAAUUUCGUUAAUCUUCAUAUCGGAGCCAAUAACUAACAUCAUUAACGUCUACCGCUCACAUCCACUCGGAUACGAUUAUUGUCAAAAUGACACUGAAAUAACCAACAACGCGACCUUAACCCCGCCGGCAUUAAACUCGACAGACGCAGGAAAUAUUACAUCGACGCCUGCACCGCUAGUUCAUCAGGCAGUGAUACCUCCCCAACCGAACACUGCACUUUUCUGCACCAUGCUUACAUUGGCUACCUUCAUAAUCGCCUACUACUUGCGUAUCUUCCGUAAUGGAAAGUUCCUUGGACGCAGUGCUCGUCGCGCUCUCGGUGACUUUGGUGUACCCAUCGCUAUCGUCUUAAUGGUUGGAAUUUCCUGUCUUGUACCUGUUUGGACUGAGAAACUUCAAGUUCCGGAUGGUCUGAGCCCUACCUCAUCGCGAUCUUGGCUGGUUCCUUUAAACCCAGGACUUGAAACGAUUCCCUUAUGGGCCACAUUCGCUAUGGUUCUACCGGCUCUUAUGGUGUAUAUUAUCGUAUUUAUGGAGACCCACAUCGCCGAGUUGAUUAUUGACAAGCCGGAGCGUCGCCUGAAGAAGGGCAGUGGCUUCCAUAUGGACAUCGUGAUCAUGUCACUGGUUAACGCGUUAUGCGGUAUGUUCGGUGCACCAUGGCAGUGUGUGGCCACCGUGCGCUCCGUCAGUCACGUGUCAGCACUCACGAUCAUGUCUACUACACAUGCUCCCGGUGACAAACCGCACAUUGUUGAAGUUAAAGAACAACGUCUAACCGGUCUUUUGGUGGCUUUCCUUGUUGGAAUAUCUGUUUUGGCUUCGAGUUGGCUCAGAUUGGUGCCAAUGGCAGUGUUAUUUGGUGUUUUCCUUUACAUGGGUAUUUCGGCUCUUGGUGGUAUCCAGUUCUGGGAUCGAUGCAUCUUACUUUUCAAGCCAGUUAAACAUCACCCACAAAUUCCGUAUGUCAGACGCGUUCCUACGAUGAAAAUGCAUCUUUUCACAAUUAUCCAACUGGCUGGUAUAUGUAUAUUGUAUGCAGUGAAGUCAUCUCGCUUCUCACUAGCACUGCCGUUCUUCUUAGUGCUGAUGGUUCCUCUGCGAAUGGCCUUGGUGUAUAUCUUCACUCCAUUGCAGCUGCGUGCGUUGGACGGUGCCCAAAAAGACAUUGAUCAAGACGAUGAGCCAGAUUUUUACGUAGAAGCGCCAUUGCCCGGAUAGGGAACACUUCCCCAAUGUCAACUUGCUUACGAGUUGAGGAUUCGCACAAUCUAGAUUUUGUAAUAAAAUUCAAGACCGUGAAUGAUCAACUCUAUUAAUAUAUGUGCGAGCAGAGAAGUAUGUUAGAGACAUGUGUGCACAAGUAAAUGAAGGACAUAUCUAAUAAACAACAAUUGGCAUAUCUUAAUAAUUUAUCAGUUUGAAUCUUAAUUUAUCAUCAUACACAAUGCGAUUUAUAAGAAAUCGUUUGAAUACUAUAUUUAUACGAUUAUACUCGAGUGUAGAGAAACUGAGUAUUAUACGCAUUGCCGUAUUAAAUGGUUACUAAAGGAACCUCAUACACACCACAUACAUUUUGGUAUGUAUAUAGAUUCUUGUCAAUUUGUUAUGACAUGUCGAAAAUAUUUUGGCAUGUUAUCGAGAUUGAUAUUGCUCAAAUAUAUUUUUGGCUGAACUUCAUUUUUCAAAACAAUAUAUUUUUAAAAACAAAUUAUUUAUACCUCUAUGUAGAAUUGUAGAUGCUCAAAUACUAAUGUGAAAUGAUAGAAUUUAAAUGAGCUUUGACAAUAUCGGAGUGUGAUUUGGUAUAUAAUAUGACGUGGUGUUUUCCCAUGUUAGUUUUAAAAGUAUUGGACUAUUGUCAACUAUAAAAUAGGUUAUGAUAGUACUUACAUGCUGUUGUAUCUAGCUUUAAUGUGAUACGUCCCUUUAUUUAACGUCAAAAAAUACAUAUUUUAUUUAUUUAUUAAUAACUCUAACAUGUGAAAACUAUGAGUUUUUUACUGUAAGCUUCGUAAUAACUAUGAUAAAAAAAAUUUAUCGGUUUAGUUUAAAUUGUAUAUAUAAAUAUACAAGAUAAACUAAACAACCCUUUACAAGAUUUCAACAAAACCAAAACAGUAGAACCGAUCUAUUAGAAUUAAUAACAUUGAUAUGUGGGUUUGUUUCUUUAAUUAGGGAUUUUAUAUAUGUAGGUAAUAUUAUAUUCUGUAGUAGCUAUUACUGGGACUGAAGAUUAAAACAUGUCGAAACGUCCGCAUAUUGCAUUGUUAGUUUUAUAAGAUUAAAUCUUAAACGUAUCUGUAUAACUUUAAUACUUUAAGCAAAAAAAAAAUGUUUUCCUAAAACACUUGUAUAUGGAAGAUAAUAAAUCCAACAUAAAAAUGUAUUACACAGUAUCAAUUUAAUUGUUCUGCUGAUUUAAUACAGAAAUUUCAAAUAAAUAUUUACAUAUUGAUUAUUAGUACGAAAUAAAAUGUAUUUAAAACUUAUUUAUUAAUUGUUCACGUAACUUAAGACACUGCUUAAAAAUGUGCGUGAUUUCCAUUCCAUACUCAUAAUAUGGAUGAACUUAAAAUAACAAAAGACACAAAUAUUUUAUUAAUAUUUAAAUUAUGCUUAUUAUUUGCAAAUCACUUAGUUAUUUAAUUAAAUUACCUGUAUGCCAAAGCGUAGGUGCCAAAGAGACGGUGAAAUGUUUGAAUAUUUAAGGAAUAUUUAAACGAACGGAUAUGGUCCUCACGCACUAGUGUAAUAAAAAUAUAUAACAAGUUAAUUCAGUAUUACAUGGGUGUUGUAAAUUUAGACAUAAGUCAGUUCUAUUAAUUAUUAUUUACGUAGUAACGAGUUCUCAAACGCUUUGUGUACCACCAAUAUAUUGUAACCUUAACCUCGUAUUUACUGGUUAUGAUACGUGUACCAUAUGCACUAAAUAGAUAAGCUUCGAACACAUUUAUCAAUGUAAUGUAAAUUUUAACUCUGAACAAAAUUAUUCUUUAACUAUGAAUGUUUAAGUAGUAUUAUUGCAGUGUAACUUUUGAACUAUUUAAAUCAGAGGUGUUGUUUAACGCACCAACCACUUAUUUAAUAAGUUACUAAAUAUAUUUAAAUUGAAUAGUAAAUAAUAUGACCAUUCGGAUCGAAAUCAAUUAAAAUUUAUUACCGACUAUAAUUCGUCAAUAACAAAUGAGCUAAAUUAAUGAACCGAAUUAACUUUCUGAAAAUAUUUUUAAGAACCGUCUCAGGGCGAGUCAAUGUGUUAUUAGGUAUUAUAUUUAUUGAAUAUUACGGUAAUUUACUAUAUUCAAAAAAACAAUCUAGAUUUUAAGUUAAAAUAAUAGUAACAUAUAACAGUAAAAAUAAUGUGGCUGAUCAGAUUUAAUAACCUAAGAUUUCACAAGCCGCUCCGCGCCAGCUCGUCGUAGAAAACGUGCUUGGUGCUAAAUAA